AUGGGGAAAUCCUCCACUUCACUCAAAAAGAAACAUUCCAAAACUUCAUCUAAGUCAAAAGCAAGCAGUAGAAGUAAGAAUAGGAAAUAUAAAUCAAAGAAGGUUCGCCGCCAUGACGUUUCUCUUUCUAGCUCAGACUAUGAUGAUUCAAAAAAUAUCGAUACAUCGAUGUCUUCUAGUUCUGAAGAUAGGUCUAAAAGAAAAAGGGACCGGUCUCGCACAAGAAAAGAUGUGAAAAGUCGUAAGAAGAGGUCUCGGAGACGUUCAUGCAGCAGUGACAGCAGUGAGGACUCUCUCUUUGCCAGGAAGAGAAAAAAGGUGAAGAGGAAAAACAAGUAUGACGAGACAAAGGAGAAAUCCCGUAGGAAGAAAAAGGUUAAGACAGAAGCGAGUGUUAGUUUGGUGAGCAGUGGGUCACGAAGCUGCUCAAUAUGUCCGGGUGGGGUUGACAGCAAUGAUAAUGUUGAACAUGAGCGCUCCAGGGAAAGAACAGAAAGAAAGGAAAAAGACAAAAGACGGUCGAGGGGAAGAAGUGGAAGUGCAAAGAGUAGUAGAUAUAGGGCUAGGAGUUGUUCACCUUGCAGUAGUCCCCACGGUGAAUGUAACUGUGAAGGGACUGAAGAGAAAUAUGUGCCCAAGAACAAAACGAGGUGGCUCCGAUCAGUUAUUACUGUUGCAAACGAAGGGGAUGAAUCUAGGCAAUUGUCUGGAAAUGAAACCAAAGAGGAAGUUGUAGAUGAUCUUGACUACCCUUGUAGAAGUAAUGAUAGUAACGAUGGGGGCUCAAAGAGGGAGUUGGAUCAUCAUCAUACACAUCGUGUACCCGAAGAGGAAUUGAGGGCCAAGGAUGAUACAGUAGAUAUGAAUGGUGAUGUUAACUUGACAGAACCCAAACUUAAUGAUACGAGCACCCUUGAAGUUUGUGCUGGGACAAGUGGAUCUAUAAAGGAGGAAACAAAUGGUGUUUCUGGUGCUCUGAAUGAUGUUGAUUUGGAGUUAAUUCUUAGACAAAGAGCUUUGGAAAACUUAAGAAAGUUCCUAGGUAAAGUCCAGUCUCACGCAAAAGCUUCUGAACAGAAAAAUAAAAUUGUCAGCCAAGUGAAGCAACCAAUCACCGACAAAGAAGAACUUGUUCAAGAUAAACCUAAUAUCCAUAAUGUUGCUAUAGCGACAAAAUUUGGUAAGCAAACACCUGUAGAAGAAACUAGUUUGCAUGUUGGGAGGAGAAAUUUAGUUACUUAUCCAAAAAACAAUGGAAGGAAUUUGAAUGUGGAUAAAGAAAUGUCUGGUUCUGCCAAGACUCAAAUGGCUAGUGCACCAGGAAAAGUGGUUGAUGCAGACAGCCAUAGCGAAGUAGUAGUCACCGAAUCCAAUAAUAACAAGACGGGCAAUUUGGAAUUGACCCCAUCAGAAUCUUGCCAUGAUUCACUCCAAAGUCGCUCAUCUCUGAAGCAAACGACUGUGUCUGGACUUCCUCGUGAAAAGUUGGUUUUGGCUGAAAGUAUUAAAAAUGCGGAUACUUUUGAAGCUGCUCGUAUCACAAGUCACUGUAGGAGUGAUAGUCUCAAUGACAUUAGAGGCGUUCCUUCUACUGGUCCUAAACUUUCUAUUCUUGAACCUAAAUUUAAGCAUAACAACUUGGAUAAGGGGAAAGAUGUUGCCAAUGAUCAUUCUCAGUUUAAAUCUAAGCAAACAUCUAAUUCCUGCGAACCUUCUAAUGCGAAGUUGCCGGUGAGCGAGGCUGAUGAAGAAAAGAAUGCGACUAAGACAACACAAUCUUCAAUCCAGAAUAUUGAUGGCAGUGCCAGAGACAUUGUCGAGUCAUGCAAUAUUGCUACCCUUGAAUCUGUAGAAAACAAUUCAGGCAAACUACAAGAUGGAUCCAACCAGGGCUCUCAGUUUGAGCAGAAAACAAUGACUGUGAUGCGGGGUGGUGAAUUGGUGCAGGUUAGCUACAAGGUCUAUAUCCCUAAGAAAACCCCUGCCUUGGCUAGAAGGAAACUUAAGCGAUGA